AUGACUGAAUCGAAUAACAACCUAGAACAAAUUUCACAGCAAUUAAUCGCAGGACUUGUUCCAAAUGCUGCGAAUGCAGUUAGGCUCUCUCGAAACCUUCCUACAAGUAAUACUGCCUCUUUUGCUUAUUAUGGCAGCGAUCCUAAAUAUAAUGCCGUUAUGAACGCAAAUUCUAACAAGAUAGAGUCAAUGAUUCAAAAUGGCUUUGACAUGAUCGAUGGAAAUGUGAAUAUUAAGGAUUUUUACAAGUCCAAGACGUUAGAAGAAAAGUUCGCCUCAAUCGUAUCCGCCAAUGAUAGAAUUUGCGAUCAAUUGAGUGCCACCAUGGAUGAAGUUGAAUCCAAAGGUGUUAAAAAGGAAGAGGUUUCCUCCAAUAAAGAUCAAAUCGCUCACCCAAUUUCGGAGCUUGACACCUCUCGGCAAAGCUCUUUUCACACUUCUAAUCAAAAGAGUUUGAGUUUACCUAAAAGAGUGAUUCGACCACAAUCCUUUUUUACGGUUAAACCGGAUAAUAGUCCGACCCCGUUUCUUCCUAUCCUGAAAUAUAAACCUAACGCUAUCACUGCUUUAGAAGACAGCCAAUUUGUUGCUGAUCCUCAAACCGGUGAUUAUGAUCAUCCCUACUUUGUCGAGCUCUCGGAAUUCGAAAAUUCUUUAGAAGACUUUGAAUAUGUUCCUGCUGAGUUUAACCCUAAGCCCUCUUCCUUAGACGCUACCCCUUUUGUGUUUGUGGACUCAGUCGAAUCUCUCGGCCAAAUGGUCAGUGAUCUUCUCACUCAAUCUGAAAUAGCUGUUGACCUUGAGCAUCAUAGCUAUCGGACUUACUUGGGGAUUACUUGUCUGAUUCAAAUAUCAACUCGUAGUACAGAUUAUAUUGUCGAUGCCCUUAAACUACGUGGCAACCUGGAGCGCUUGAAUGAGGUCUUCACCAAUCCGAACAUUGUGAAGGUCCUUCACGGAUCUGAUAUGGAUUUAAUGUGGCUACAACGAGAUUUUGGAGUGUAUAUGGUAAAUCUCUUCGACACCGGACAGGCUUCCCGUGUUUUGUGCUUCGCUCGAUUCUCCCUGUCCUUCCUCCUUGAGACGUUUGUUGGCAUUGUUCCAGAUAAGUCUCUACAAACGUCGGACUGGAGAGCCAGGCCAUUAAGUGAGAGGUUGAUUGCAUACGCUCGAUCUGAUACACAUUAUCUCCUCUACGUGGCGGAGAAACUGCGAGCUCAACUUGAUGAGAAUAACCUCCUUAUUGAGGUUCUGAGACGCAGCUGUGGCUUAUGUCAUCGGAUUUACAAGAAACCUCGAGUGAACCCUUUGGGCUAUCUUGAGAAAGCCCAUGGCGAUUUCUGCAAGACGUUGUCCAAACGUCAGGCCUAUGCGGUGAAACAUCUCUGCCUCUUGCGGGAUUCUAUAGGUCGAAGUGAGGAUGAAAGUAAUGGGUUUGUUCUUCCCAACCAUAUGUUGCACAAUAUUGCAGAACAAUUACCCAAAGAGCCAAAUGGCAUAUUGGCUUGUUGUAAUCCCGCUCCUAUUUUGGUCAAUAAAUAUCUCAUGGAUUUCCACAAAGUCGUGAUGGACGCUAGGGAUGGUAAACAUGUUGAAAAGGAAAUUGAUGAAGACAGGGCCAAAUUAAAAGCUAAAAUUGAGGAAGGUGUUAAAUUCUCAAGCACCACUGCGUCCCACUCUGCUCCUCAUGAAAAACCUAUUGCCGAUAGGUCUUUUUCUGUUCAUCACACACAUAUCCAAGAACCUCUUCAAGUAUUCGAUAACAAAUCUUCAUCCUAUCCUUUGUAUUGUAUACAAGAGGGCUGUCCUGGUUUAGGUUGGAAUAACUGGGGACACCAGCCAUUUUCAUAUUAUCCUGAACAAAGAUAUGUAGUCGGGCUUGCAAAAUGCCUUGCACCAAUACAAGUUCCAAAUGUAGUUAUUAACUGUGAACAUAUUCCCCAACAUACGGCAACCGAUUUUAAUCGCAUUGAGGAUCCUCUAUAUAAACCUCUUGAAACUUUGAGUACAGAGGAGUUUUCUCCAGUUAGGCUCACUCAAGCUGAAGAACUUGAAGUUGCGGGUUUGGGAGCAAAAUUCGCUGGUGGUCGUUCCGCCCAAUCUCACGCCAUGACAAAUCUUGCUCGUAAACGUCAACAACGGGAAAGACAACAGCAGAAUAAACAACAGGGAGCUAGUUCCAAAUUCGAUAAUCCCAUCAACAUUCCAAACGAUGAUAAUGAAGAAGGCUGUGAUGAAAAUGCUGUUGCCAUCUUGAGAGAUCUCAAUAUCAAAAAGCCUCCAAAGGGUUCAUUCCAGUCUUCACCUAUCAAUCGGCAGUCUAUGACUUCUAACUCAAUUGACUUGACAACUGAUGGAGCAUCGAGUGCUGGUUCUGGCUCCCCUGAAUCGGCUCAUCGAUCCAAGAUCCCCAAAACACCCAACAAAAAUCACCGGCAGGAUUCGACCCCCUCCCGUCGUGGGACGGCUUAUCGAGGUGGUCGUGGCCGAGGCGGCAGAAAUAUGUCCUUCUCCCGCAGCCCUGCUACCUUCUCUCCUCAGCCUCAAAGUUGA